CCGCCUUUUAGGUUAUGGGCCCAGAUUACGUUCAAGAAGAUUGAAGUUUUCUGAAGAAAUUUUCCUUGGCGGAAGCGGAAGAUGGCUGAAGAAAAAGUCUGGCUCCUGGAAGGGAAGAACUACGGGAACUGGAAGUUCCGCAUGGAGGUCCUGCUUGAGGACAAGGGUCUGCUGAACUGCGUUAAAGCGCCCUUGGACCUGGCGGGUCUGGCGGAGUUGGAAUCGGACUCGGCGAACGAGAAGCAGAGGAAGCGAGCGCUGCGGGUGGAACGGGUGGCCAAGGAUCGAAGCUGCCGAAAUCUGCUGGUCAACCGAAUCGCUGAGGACCAGCUCGACCACGUGAAGGAUGCGCGAACGGCCAAGGAGACCUGGGACGCGCUGCGCGACGUGUUCGAGCGCGUUGGGAUCGCGGGGAAGCUCUUCUUGAAGAAGCAGUUUCAAGAGCUACGAUUGGCCGAGGGAGGCGAUGUUCCGCCGUUCUUGCAGCGAUUUGAGAAGGUGCUACGCGAACUGAAGGCGGCCGGAGUCAAGCUGGAAAAGGAAGAUGUCGUUUGCCAACUGCUGUUGGCUCUCCCACGAUCGUUCAACGCGCUUAUCACAGCGGUGGAGACGAUCGAGCCAAAGGACUUGACGCUCGAGUACGUCAAGAAAAGGAUCCUGGACGAGCAGGUCAAGCGGAACGCGCAAGCUGCCCCGGAGGAUCAAUGUGAAGGCGAGUCGGGUGAGUCUGCGUUCGCCAGCAAGAGACGAGAGAUAAGGUGUUUCGGCUGCGGCCGGCCCGGUCACAAGCGAGCAGACUGCCCCGAUGGACGAUCGGACGAAAGGGAGCCAGAAUUCAAGUCCGGCAGGUUUGCGCGAAACCCGAGAAGCGGAGCCAACGCGACUACCGAAAACGAGAUCGCGUUUGGUGUUGCUACGGACAACGCUUGUUUUUUUUCGACGUCGCCUGCUGCGAUGAACGGACGAAUUGAGUGGUACCUGGAUUCCGGAGCAACGGCUCACAUGGUGCGAGACAAGUCGCUCUUUGCGGAGCUGCGACCAUUGGAUCGGAACGUGCGGAUUGCUGUGGCCAAAUCUGGCCAAUCGCUGGUUGCAGACGCGCUGGAUGUUUAUCGGAACGACGGAACUGGUGGCACACGUGCUACUGCGAUGGCAUCCAAGAACGACGAUUACGAGUUGUGGCAUCGUCGGUUUGGCCAUCUUGAGGAGGCGAACAUGAGAAACCUCUGGAGGGACGAGAUGGUGGAGAGCUUUCCCAAGAUCAAGAACUGGCCAAGGCGAUGCACGUGCGGGGUGAGUCUAGCUGCGAAGCAGAAGAGAACCGUGAUAAGGAAGUCGAACGGGAAACGCGACAUGGUGCUGGACGAGCACCGACAAGAUCAUCAGAAAACAGCGGAGGCACCUAAUUGGCCUGUGGUGCCGAUGUUCCGAGACGAGAAACCUGCUGUGGUUGAAUCGGUUGAGGAGGAGCCUUUUGCUGCUGUUCCAGAUGGCGAGAGUGUCGUGGAACUCAUCGCUGGUCCGUCAGAGCUACAACACGUCGUUGCAAAGCUGACGGAAGACCAGGACGAGGCCGUGGAGGAUUCGUCUGGACGACAGCCGGUCGUUGCUGAGCUGACGGAUGACGAGGGCGAGGAGGAACAUUCCGGCGCGCUCCCUUCGCAACCAGAACGUGACCACUGCCCAGCAGAAGGGUUCACGAGGCGCAGCGAACGGGAGCGCAGAACCCCGGGUAAGUUCCCUGACCAUUGUACACAGUUUGGCAGAAAUACUGUUGGUGGACGUAUUACAGAUUCCAACGAGGACGUCUUGAUUGUCUACGCACGGAACACUGAGGCAGUCGUGAAGAACCUGGCGUCGACGAUUGAAGUUUUGAAGCGAAGAACGGCAUCAACAGUGAGUUGGAGUCGAGCGGGGCGAGGUCUACAACGUGGACCGGUAGCCAAUCAAGAAGGCGAUCCAUGUGCCGACGAGCACGCGAACAGUUCGAAGCACUCUGGACCAAGCUCGGACUCCGCGAUUGAGCGGGGGUGUUAGGUGGCAACCGCGAGCAGCUUGGUGGCAACCGCUAACAACUGCAU